AUGUUUAAGAAUAUUUUUGGUUCAUCAAAAAAAAAGGAACAAGUUCCUUCAACACAGGAAUCGAUACAAAAAUUAAGAGAAAGUGAAGAAAUGUUAAUAAAGAAACAAGAAUUUUUAGAAAAGAAAGUUGAAGCAGAAUUAAAUUUAGCCAAACAACAUGGUACAAAAAAUAAAAGAGCUGCAUUACAGGCAUUGAAAAGAAAAAAACAAUAUGAAAAACAACUUGUACAAUUGGAUGGUGUACUUAGUACACUAGACUUUCAAAGGCAAGCACUUGAAAAUGCUAAUACAAAUGCUAAUAUUUUACAAGUCUUAGGGGAUGCAGCUAAAGCUUUAAAGAAAGCACACAAUUCUAUGGAUAUUGAUCAGGUUCAUGAUUUAUUGGAGGAUGUUGCUGAACAAAAUGAGAUAGCAAAUGAAAUUUCUGAUGCCAUUAGUAAUCCAGUUGGUUUAAGAAAUGAUAUUGAUGAGAGUGAGUUACUUGCUGAGUUAGAGGAACUUGAGCAAGAAGAAUUAGAAAAAGCUCUUGCUGAUGCUACACCUGUCAUUUCUAACAAACUUCCAACUGUACCAACUCAUGAAAUAGCUGCCAGUCAAAAUAAGAAGAAAGAGGCUGAGGCUGAUUUAGAUGAUCUUAGGGCUUGGGCUGAAUCAUAA